AUGAAGCGCAGAAUACGGGAGGGAACGUCCGAUUCUCCGAAGAAGCACCCAAGACAAGAUCCUGUCUCGUGCGCGUCAUGUCGCAAAAAGAAGCUGAAAUGCGACCGAAGAUUCCCCUGCAGCAGUUGCUCAUCUCGAAGGUUAGAAUGCAGCUAUGGGGAUUAUGAUCGAAGACCUGAAAGCCUCUCCGUGAAAACUGGCAGUCAAACGGAUGCGGGUCAUCCUUCAGACAACCGUGCUGUAUCACCGUCUCGGUCAUAUUCAACGGCACCUGUCGAGCCUAUACCUCGUAAUAGAAAUAAGGAUGAUCCACUCGCCACUGUACAUUCGCUUGAGACAAUCAUUAUGGGACACCGAAUACCAUCUGCUGUGCCUGCCAAGUUGCGAGAGGGACUAUCGAACCCCCAUCGUUUACAGCCGUCAACAAUGCAGCGGAGAACUGCAUCUGAUGCUCUGUUGAAAAUGUAUUGUGGCAGCAAGCUCGCAUCUCAUGAUAACCUGCUACUAUUGAUCUGCCAUCAUUUCUGCCGGCGGAGUCAGAAGCAAUUAGUCUCUUCCAUUAUUAUUGCCAGCACAUCGACUACCAGUAUCAUCUUAUCAUCCCCAGUCGCACCGAGCAAGAUAUUCAGAGCUUAUACAUCAACGCUGCUAGGGGUGCGCCGCCUGGUCUCAACUGCAUUAUUUCUUCAGCUCUCAACAACCGAAUCAUCCGAGGUCGCAGAGGCUUGUAGCCGAGAGACAGCGUUCCUUGCUGGAGCAGCACUGAUCCAGAACAACCAUGCAUCUUAUCCAACCAUUGAAGGACUGCAGGCAGCUCUGAUCAUUGGACAUCAUUUGUCAAGUCUCGCCCACAAUGCCACUAUUAGCGCUCUAUUCAUCCAUGGGACACUCGUCAGCCAAGCCAAGAGCCUUGGACUGCAUCGGAUCGACAGUCCGCAGUUUGCCAUUGGACAUACAUCAAGACACUGUGAUAGAGCCAUGCUUGAGUUAGAACGCCGAUUAUGGUGGGAUCUUGCGCUAAUGAGUUUCCUGAGCGGGCCUCAAGAAUGGACUUAUUCAAUUCAACCACAACACUUCAACGUCAAAAGGCCGUUAAAUAUUGAUGAUGUCGACCUCUUCAAUGAAGUAGGAUCGCCUAUCACCACCCCAACAUGCAUGUCCUAUACUCUUUGUCGGUUGAGACUGGCUGAAAUUUGCCGCGAGAUUGUGGACGAAUCCGCUCCUUAUUAUCUCCAGGGCCAAGAGGUACCCUAUGAUAAGGUACUAGAUUUGGACCUAAGAUUAAAUCAGGCACAUUCCGAACUCCCGCUAUACUUUCGUUACGAUCGAUCAGCGGGGCAAAAUUUCGCGACCCUUUACCAGGAGCGCCCGGAAAUUGCUUGGCAACGAGCCUUUAUCCAACAAGGUUAUUAUGCCCGGUUCUGCCGCUUGCACCGACAAUACUUUGUACGUGGCGCAAAGGAUGCAAGAUACUCAUACUCUCAUGUUGUUUCCCUGCAAUCUGCGCGAAAGGUGCUGGAGAUAAAACGCAGAAUGGAUGAGGAUCAGCCUGUUUCUUACCCAAAUAGUUCAUCAUUGUGGGCGGUGAUGCACCAGGUCUUCCUCGCAGCAGUCACAUUGCUUAUUGAUGUGUGUUUCAACUGGGAUGAUAUUCUUGCUGAUAGGCGGAAAGAGGAAGUUCUUAGCGCGUGUCGAUUAUUGAGCCGAGCCCAACAAAAUUCACCUGUUGCACGCGAAGGCAUCAAUGCGUUGAUGGACAUUCUGCAGAAAUACUGGAAGCAAGAAAAGAGGCCAUCUUCCCGUGAAAUGGUCAUCGAAGCUCCCGCUUCUCCUGAUCUAGAUACCCCAUCUUUUCAGGAUGGAGCAAAAUUGCCGAUAUCCAAUACCAUGGAAGCUGGUAACAUGAUAUCCUUCCCCAAUCAUCCUCAGAGUACAUCUGUCUCGCAUGAAGCCUUUAAUAUUGGAGAUUCUGCGAUCGGGGUGAUUCCUUUGGAAGAGAUGUGGACUGAGAUGUUAGAUGAUAGCGCGAAAGUCGGAUUAGGCACACCCGACUGGAUGGACUUGCUGACUGAGUUAACAAAUGCGCCUGCACCAUGCGAAUAA